AUGGUGCCCAGACUUAGCUCAGGUCCCGAACUGGCAUACGGCGGGCAUGACCCGAUCAUCCACGUCGUUGCGAUACAGCGAGAGAUUCCUUUACGGAUCAUAUAUGCUUCUGUGGGAUGGCAGGUCGACGGUGCCCAGAUGGAACGAUGCAGAGCCAGGUUGAGGACACACCUACGACGCAACCUGGGCACCGCCCGGGGUUGUCUCUGGCACGCAGCGCAGAUUUACUCGUUAUCGCGAAGUCUUCGCUUCUCUGCAUGUCAUUUCUCCUUGUCACUCUGCAUCGCCGUCAGUUACAUCUUCCUGUACGAUCAGGUCGUGCAAUUCCCGUCAUCACAAGGAGAACUCAUCCGCCUCGACAAGUUGGUGCAAAAGUCCCAAGUAGACGCCUGGGUAAAGAGCGUGGAUGAUUCCAGAGUGCACAUCACAGGCAUUGGCAUCCUGGACAACUACGAAAGCAGUCGCAGGUUACUGUUGGAUGCGGAGACGGUUUUGCGGUCUCAGAAGUCAUGGCAAACGUUUGCAGAAGCUAUGGCACGAACAUUUGCUCAAAUGAGCCAAGGACAGCAACCGCACUUUUAG